AUGCGACAGGUUCGCUCUACAAGUGGCUUAGCGAGAGAGAACCCAGGCGGGCUCACACAAGUCGAUAAUGAAGAGGGUCAAGAGAGCUCGUCUACUCCAAAAGAAGACGUAAUUGCGCCUACCGCCCUCCCGCUUUCUGACCUUGAAAACUCCAUCGUUGGAUGGGAGAGUCAAGAUGACCCUAAGAUGCCCUUGAAUUUCUCAGCGGCUCGGAAGUGGGUGAUAGUCUGGGCGCUGGCGGCGAUUACUUUUAUGUCGCCCUUCUCAUCGUCUGUUCUAGCUCCUGCUAUCGAAUACAUCAACAAAGACUUCCAUAACUCCAACCCCACAAACGGUCCAUUCCCUGUCAGCAUCUAUCUGUUGGGUUAUGCUACGGGACCUCUAUUCUUAGCUCCCCUUUCCGAAAUCUUUGGCCGUGCCGGUGUGCUCACCUCUUCUAAUAUUUUCUUCUGCUUAUGGCAUAUCGGGUGUGCUUUAUCCCCUAGUCUUGGGCUAUUAAUAGCAUUUCGAUUUGCGGCUGGUAUUGGAGGUAGUGGCUGUAUGACACUCGGAGGGGCGAUCAUUGGCGACAUAUUUCCUAUCGAGAAGCGUGGCAUAGCUCUUUCUAUCUGGGCAUUGGGACCACUCGUAGGGCCAACAGUAGGUCCAUUAAUAGGUGCUUUCAUUGCUGGAUCUAUUGGAUGGCGCUGGUCAUUUUGGAUUGUGUUGAUCCCGUCCGCUAUUAUUACUCUAAUCUUGGCCAUUUUCCUCCCCGAGACGAACCAUAAGGUCCUCUUACAACGGAAGACUAAGCAUUUAAAUAAAGAGCUGAAGCGAACAGACCUUAAGACUUGCUACGAUGCUGAUGGGUCCGGAAAACUGUCUCAAUUGACUAUCCUGAGAACUAGUAUGAUGCGGCCACUGAAGAUGCUCAUGUUUGCGCCUAUGAUCUUUAUACAGUCACUAUAUGUAUCUUUCAUUUACGGAUCUGUCUACUUGAUGUAUAAUUCUAUCCCACCAACUUUCGAGACCCGUUACGGGUGGGGUACUGGCGUCUCCGGUCUGGUUUUCAUCUCUAUCGGCGUGGGUUAUAUGGCCGGCCUUUGGGCUUUCUCAAUGAUGUCAGACAGAACAGUAGUCCGCUUGACGAAAGCUAACGGCGGAGCAUUCAAACCGGAGUUCCGCUUAACUAUUAUGAUUUGGUACUCAUUCCUCUGCCCGCUCGCCUUCUUCUGGUACGGAUGGUCAGCUCAGAUGAAGACACACUGGAUAGUGCCGAUUUUGGGCCUGUUUCCUCUCGGCUUUGGUGUGAUUGGAGUCUUCAUGCCUACCCAGGCCUACAUCAUCGACGCUUAUCCUUCUUACGCUGCGUCAGGGAUAGCUGCCUUCACCGUCUUACGCAGUGUCAUUGCGGCUUUUCUUCCUCUAUGCGGACCAGUGCUAUUUGAUAACCUAGGGGUAGGCUGGGGGAGUUCCGUUCUCGGAUUUGUCGGCGUGGCUAUGAUCCCUAUCCCUAUCAUUAUCUUUAGGUAUGGUGCGCGACUGAGAGAGAAAUACCCUCUAAGACUUUAA